AUGGAGCUCACUCAAUCGUUUCGCUUGAUUGGGAGCAUGGAUAUUGAGGAAAUCCCUUGCGAUCAUAUCGAUGGGCAGUAUGUCGUCUCCUGGGAGGACAUUGAACAAGUCUUUCCAGGAGUCAAACACGUCAAGAACGGCAAAGUCACUGUUACUAUGAUGAAGGAUCCGAAUCGAAAAAGAAUCGUGCCUCACUGCAUCAAACACCACGCAGGUGUAGUCCUGGACGUUGUUUUGUCCUCUGCUGCCGAGCAUGUUCAUGUCGACUCGCCGAUGGCAAUUCCUGCCAAUAGCCGAGAUGACACCUCCGCCAACCCUCCUGCGAAUCUUGCUGCCAAUCCCCCUGCCAUUCCUUGCACCGAUGCUCCCGCCGAUGCUUCUACCAAUGCUCCUGCCAAUGCUUCCGCCGAUACUCCCGCCGAUGCUCCCACCGAUGCUUUAAACACCAGUCCUGCUGCCAUUCCUUCCGCUAUUCCUCCUGCUGAUCCUGCUGAAACUCCGACCAAUCCCUCCGGCGAUGCUCCCGUCAAUCUUCAUCCACCAGCUGAUGCAGCAAUUAAUGUUUCUACCAGUGCUCCCGCCAAUGCUUCAACCAAUCCUGCCAUCGAUACCCCUGCCAAUCCUCCAAUCAACACCCAAUACAAUAAUCAAGCGGAUGCCUGUCCUCCCGGCGCCAUCAUUGGUGUGCUCCUCGCCAGCCCUCCAUCAAGCUCAUCCGCUAAAGGAUCUGGAACAAGCUCGCCCGCGGCACCUGCUGAGUCGGUUUCUAGCCUUGCCAUAGCUGCGGAGACUUCCGCCGACCACUCAUCUACCGAGCCUUGCCAGGGAUUCCAGGGUGCAGUCAUUCGUAGGCUGGAUGCACUUCACGAUCAGGGCGCCAUGACCCAGCACCAAGGCGCUACUACUCAGCAGAUUGUCCGAGAGGUUUUGGAGUUGCAAAGGCAGAUGAAUGACCGACUGAUUCUGAUCCAGAGCAAGACCGAGGCUAUUUUGACGCAGCAGUUGGAACUUGCGGAGUAUCCUAUUCCUCGGCUGUUUAUUGUGCUUCCAGAAGAAUUGACCAAGUACGAUCCUAGCAACUGGUUCAGGGCCAAGUUUCGACUGUAUUUCAUUUGUGAGUGCGGCAAGCAUACCGAGCCCAGUAAUAGCAAGGUGCCACAUCAUCUCCACCUGGCCAAACACGAGGGAUAUCUCAUCCGCGAGCCAACCGAAUUCUUCAAGAGAUAUGGUCCGUUUCUUUUGUUGAUGCUUGAGCUGAUCAAGCUCGGCACAGGUGUCGCUGGUCAUGUUAUGCCUACCUUGGCUAGUCUUAAUGUUGUUGAGCUAGCUGACUCUGUCAAACAGGCUGUCGAGUCAGUCGCGGCCAAGAUCGAUUAUUCUGUCGCAUGUAUCGAUAAUCAAUUGACCAGAAUUCAAGCAUCAUCUCCAGGGGAUUUCAUCAACACUGAGUCUCAGGCAGCAAUGCCGCAACAAGAUCUGACCAACUACUUGAGCAAUGUCGAGGGUCUAGAAGGUGUCGAGUUGCGCCAGUUAGGAUCAUUCUUGAAGACAGCGGAGGAGGAGAAUCUUCUCGGGAACCUUUAUCGAAUGACUACUUCGGAGGGGCAUGUCAAAUGGGUUUGUCGUGACCACUACCGAGCCGGUUAUCAAGAGAAGCAUGAUCAGAAGCUCCGCGAUGUGGUCAAGCUAGCGCAAGGAGAAUUUGAUGAGCAACUGGGAAAGAUCACUAUAACUCUGAGGUCCAGUUUUGCCGCCACCGAGUUUUAUAGUGCCGUCGUCAAAGCCAAGAGUGUCCUCGAACUCGUUGUGGAAUUGAGGUGGGAGUGUACCAGGAGUGAUCUUGAGGCAUUACACGAUGCACUCAAGAAAUCAGGAUUACCGAUGCUCCGACUCGAUCUUGGACAAUUUGGAACUAGUCUUGGCCGAUCCACCUUCAGCAAAAUGAUACCGACAUCCCGCUUCAAACCGCUUUACCGCAUCAUUGAACUUCGAAGUAUGAAAACGAUUCAUGUUGUCUUGCCGAGGGACUUUGUUAUGCUCUCCGCUUUUCACCCAAAGAAACCAUCCCACCGUUCUGAGCUAUCUUUCAAGUUGGUACCUGGACCGUUUGGAGCAAAGGAAUUAGAACCACUGGCAGAAGCGCUCAAGACCAACUCGACUCUGACCACUUUGGACUUGCAGGACAGCAAGAUUGGAUCCUACGAAGCACAGGCGCUGUCUGAGGCACUCAAGACCAACUCAACUCUGACCACUUUGAACUUGCAAGGCAACUCGAUCGGAGACACCGGAGCACAGGCGCUGUCUGAGGCACUCAAGACCAACUCGACUCUGACCAAUUUGAACUUGUCCAACAACUCGAUCGGAGACACCGGAGCACAGGCGCUGUCUGAGGCACUCAAGAUAAACUCGACUCUGACCACUGUGAAUUUGCAAGGGAAUUCGAUCGGAGAUAAUGGAGCGCAGGCGCUGGCUGAGACACUUAAAACAAACUCGACUCUAACCACCUUGGACUUGCAAAUGAACAAGAUCUGGUUUAAAGGACUUCUAGCAUUUUCUGAAGUACUCAGAACCAACUCGAAUCUUGCCACUAUUAACUUGCUCGACAACUUGAUCGGAGGCGACGGAGCCAAGGCGCUGGCUGAGGCACUCAAGACCAACUCGGCUCUCACCACUUUGAACUUGCGUUACAACUCGAUCGGAGACGACGAAGCCAAGGUGCUGGCUGAGGCACUCAAGACCAACUCGGCUCUCACCACUUUGGACUUGCAUGAUAACGCGAUCGGAUCCGACGGAGCCAAGGCGCUGGCUGAGGCACUCAAGACCAACUCGACUCUCACCACUUUGAACUUGGAGGAAAACUCGAUCGGAUCCGAUGGAGCCAAGGCGCUGGCUGAGGCACUCAAGAGCAAUUCGGCUCUCACAACUUGGAACUUGAGUUACAACUCGAUCGGAUCCGACGGAGCCAAGGCGCUGGCUGAGGCACUCAAGACCAACUCUACUCUCACCACUUUGAACUUGAACUUUAACUCGAUCGGAGAUGACAAAACCAAUGCGCUGGCUGAGGUACUCAAGUCCAACUCGACUCUCGCCACUUUGAACUUAAGUUACAACUCGAUCGGAGACGACGGAGCCAUGGCGCUGGCUGAGGCACUCAAGACCAACUCGGCUCUUACCACUUUGGACUUGCAUGUCAACGCGAUCGGAUCCGACGGAGCCAAGGCGCUGGCUGAGGCACUUAAGAGCAAUUCGGUUCUCACAACUUGGAACUUAUGUUACAACUCGAUCGGAGACGACGGAGCCAAGGCGCUGGCUGAGGCACUUAAGACCAACUCGGCUCUCACCACUUUGGACUUGCGUUGCAACUCGAUCGGAGACGACGGAGCCAAGGCGCUGGCUGAGGCACUCAAGACCAACUCGGCUCUCACCACUUUGAACUUGUAUGACGACUCGAUCGGAGACGACGGAACCAAGGCGCUGAUUGAGGCACUCAAGAGCAACUCGGCUUUCAACACUUUGAACUUGUGUGACAACUCGAUCGGAGACGACGGCGCCUAG